CCCACUUUAGUUUAUGAGUAGUUUCAUUUUGUUUGUUUUGGUUUGUCUUCUUUAUUUAUUUUAUUUUUGAUAACAAUUUACAGAGAGGUUGCUUUGAGUUUUCGAGUUUUCAACAGCAAGACUAGAAAAGAGUGGAAAUGUCUUCGUGGGUUCUUUUCUCCUUGUUGGAAGCUAUGGUCAGUGAAUGAUCAAUAAAUGAUUAAUAUUGAGGAUAGUGAGAACACGACAUCGAAAGACGCUAGAGCUAUGGAAAAUUCGGAAGGAGAGAAAUUGAAAGUUUUGAUUGUGGGUGCGGGGAUAGUGGGAUUGACGUUGGCGCAGGGGUGUAGGGAGAAUGGAAUUGAGUUUGAGAUCGUGGAGAGGGAUGGGAAGGGAAAGAGGGCGCAGGGGUGGGCGAUUACUUUGCAUGUGAGUUUUGGUUUUAGAUGUUGGAGGGGAUGGGAGGAGGAUUGGAGGGGUUAGAGGGCGAAGAGGUGCAGUGGGAAAGGGGGCUAGUGCUGUACUGAAACGGUUGAUGCGAAGAGUGGCUGCUGACGAGAUUAUUCUAGUGGUGUUUGAGAAGUCUGGAGAGAACAAUUGGGGAGAAAUUAUCGGAGCUGAUACCUAUGGUAAGAAUUUCCAACGUUACGAAGAGUUCAGAUAUAACGACCUAGAAGGUCAAAAUUACAACGACUAAUCCUCUAAUCGCCACAGGCAGCAGUAGAUCCAGCUCUUAACGACGACGAUGGUAAUUUUCUAUUCCUCAACGCUCGAACAGCAGAACCGCGCUAUAAAAUCCCACCUAGUAAAUUACGUCGACGUCUAGAUCGUCAAAAGAUACGCAAUUUACUUGCCACCGAUCUCGAUAUCCAUGAAGGCAAAGGGCUUGUAUCACUUGUACCAGCUAUUGAUUCUGAUCUCGUGACUGCGCAAUUUUCGGACGGUUCGGAAAGUAGUGCCACAUUGAUCGUGGGUGCUGAUGGAAAUAAUAGUGUUACCAGAAAAUGUUUGUUCAAUGGAGGACCAGAUUCUGAACUGACGAAACUCCCUGUUUAUUGUCUGGGAAUCGUGAGACCUUUUACGGAGGAACAAAUUACAUCUGUUAGAGCUAUUGAUCCAUUAUUAUUCCAAGGAUUGGAUCCGGAAACUGGGACUUUUAUGUGGUAUAGUCUGCAAGGAAUAAUACCAAAUCCUGAUGGUAGUAAAUCAUACAUGGGAUUGGUGGUUAUUUCUUGGUUGAUUAAAGAUGAGGUUACGGAUGCGAUGCCCAAGACGGAUAGGGAGAGAGUGGCUUAUGUUAAGAAAAGGGCGGAAGGAUAUGCGGAACCGUUGAGGAGUAUUGUGCAAGAUAUUCCGGAGGAUAUUACGACGACGCCGUUGAGGUUGAGUGAUUGGCCUUGUAAGGAUUGGGAUAACUGGGGUGGAAAGGUUACUUUGGUGGGGGAUGCCGCGCAUGCCAUGACUAUGUGGGUUAUUUCUUUAUUUCCAUCUCUCUUCUGAUCAUGGUAUCGGAUUACUUAAGUGACCAAUAUUCACGGAGAAUGGUAGAUGUUAACAAAUGAAUAGGUAUCGAGGUGAAGGUGCAAACCACGGGAUUCUAGACGCAGCUCUUCUAAUCGACCAAUUGAAAAAGGUCAAAUCAGGAGAAAUCACGCAAAAGGAGGCAAUCAAUGCAUAUGAAGUAGAGAUGAGACCAAGAACUCAUGAGGCUGUCUUGAAAAGUAGACAAGCAGCAUUGGAUGCUCAUGAUUGGGAAGUGCUGACAGAAAAUUCCCCUAUCAUCGGGGGAAGAUUAGCUCCUAAGACUGCUUUUAUUUGACUGGGAGAUGAAAUAUUUAAAGAAAUUGACGAAUAAAAAAUUAAAGAUAGAAAUUGGUAUGGAAAAAGCGAUAUAUUCUUAAUUGA